AUGUUCCAAGAAGCACAUUACAUUAACACUCACCCUCAACACAUUUACACCACUGCUUUUGCACACACAAGCCGUUCACACAUAUAUUUAGACACAUCUCAUUCAUUCUCUAUCAGAACCUCAUUACACAUAGCUGCUCUGUACCCCAUGAUCCAUAGGAAGCAAUUCUUCUGCAUCAUGCUGUAUAGUUUGGGAAAUAGCUCCUUGCAUCCAUUGCUUUCACAGUGGACUACUCUGUGCUCUAGCCUUUUUUCUGAAGAUUUAUUAUUUAUAAUAUUAUUUAUAAACUGCAUUUCCAGUUUACAAAUGCAUAUGGGAAUGGUUUUAUGUACGGCUGCAGUCUAG